UAUUAUAAGUUAGCUUAAUAUAAACGAACUUGUUCUUACAACAGAGAGACAAAUAAUACGCAGAACGAAAAACAAACGUGUCUGUGUUUGAGAGGAUCGAGUUUCUAGCUAGGUUUAGUUUCCCAAAAAAUGGUUGAUAGCAACAAUGUAUUAAGGUCAAUUGACUCAAGCGAAGAAGGAGGGAUUAAGGAGCAAGAUAGGUUGUUGCCAAUAGCUAAUGUGGGGAGAAUUAUGAAGCAUAUUCUACCUCAAAACGCUAAGAUUUCGAAAGAGGCGAAAGAAACAAUGCAAGAAUGUGUGUCUGAGUUCAUUAGCUUUGUUACCGGAGAAGCAUCGGAUAAGUGUCACAAGGAAAAGCGCAAGACGGUCAACGGAGAUGAUAUUUGCUGGGCUUUGGGAAAUUUAGGAUUUGAUGAUUAUGCUGAGCCAUUGAAGAGGUAUUUGCAUAGGUAUAGAGAGUUAGAAGGUGAAAAAGCUAACCAAAAUAAGGCUGCUACUUGCAACAAUAGUACUCAUGAAGAAAGAGAGAUCGAUGAACUUCGAAAUCUCCAGGGAAGUUUUUAUGGUCCUUAAGAUUUUUCAAAUAAC